AUGACAAGACCGAGGAUUAUGAUUGGAAUAAUAAAAUUCCAGCUGCACUUGAAAAUCUAAAGUUAGAUAUUGAAAAAAAAAUCGAGAUUGUUGCUGAUGUUGCAGGAAAAGGUGUAUAUUAUGCCAGAUGUAUUCGUUCUUAG